AUGCAAUCACCGUCUACAUCCGAAAGAUCAGCACUUGUCACGGUUGCCAGUAGUACUUUGAAUACGAUAUCGAACAGCCUGCCAAACAACAAAAAGCGAAAGGUCAGCGAUCUCUACUCGAAAGAAGCCCACACCGAGACACUCACAGCGACGGUGCUGCCGGCCAGAUCUCAGUCAUGGGAUCUCGAACGUGUAACGCUCCUUGCGCGAGCCUACUUGCCGUUGUCAUGGCUCGCCACGUCUCAACCUGCGACCGUCAUUGUCUUUGAGACACCUACUUCUUUUGUGCAAAAAUGGAAUCAAGGAGCUCUGAUAACCAAGAGAAAGUCCAAUGGGGUGUUGUAUGCGAUUGAAAGAGGCGGCUUGGACCAUUUCAUCGCGCUAGCCUUGCAGAGUUGGGUGUCUGAAGAACACUGCAAAGAUGCAGCGUUGGGGAAUGUGGCAGAGACAAGGCUAGAAAAUCUGUUGAAUAAAGAUGACGGGGCGCAACAAACGCAUAGGAGGAGUGCUUCUGGCUCGAGUUUCACGGCUCUGCCAACGCCGAAAAGCCCGAGGAGGCCAACGAACCGACGGGGAGCCCUUGCACGAAUGUCCAUUUUAACACAGAAAGACACGAAAAGCCAGGAAUCUGUGUUUCAGACGUCUAGCUCGCCUACCUUGAUUCAGCAGCCGGUCCUAGCACACUCAUCCUCAGGUACAAUGUUACCUAUCACUCCCACAGCACAAACAGAGACAGCCAAUCCAUUUGAGCAACCAGAAGUCGUGGCUGAAGAAGUGUCUAUUUCUCACCAGAUCCAGCCUGUUCCGCCGGCUUUAGCGGUCGAGAAUCCCUGUGCUUCUGAGCGCCUUCGUGCUCAGUAUUUAGAGCACCUUUACACUUCCAAGACGUCUUUGGCAUUUUACGUUAAAGGCCCAUUGAGCCGUGCACGAGCACAUGUGAGGUCCUCUCAGAAUCCGUCAACACUUCUAUCAGAGUUAAUGGAAUUUUAUGCCCAGUCUAUCUUGCCAGCCAAGAAGCUAGACACGAAAUACAAAGACUCACUACCCAACAUUCUUGCGGAAUUACCACUUGAAAGCACGGAAUCUUCAAAGAAGAAGUCACGCAAGAAGAAACAAAAGCUAGGGAAAGACUGUCUAUGGCCAGAAGAAGACAAUUAUGUUGGCAGAUGGUGGCGUACACGAGAUCUUCGAUCCAUCUCAUCCUCCGGCGACCGUCAAAGCGAGAUUCGCAGGGAGCUGGCAGACCUCAGAAUGAGAGAGACCAAGAUGCAACUGCUAUUGGUUCUCGAAUUCAUGCUACUCGAGAUGGCAGCUUCGAAGCUAUCCGAGAAGCCCAUUCCCACAGAUCCUGACGUCAAGGUGGAAUCAGUCGAGGACGAUGUCCCUUCCGUCCUGGCCAAAACUCCACAAAAGUCAAGCAAAAAGAAGCGCGAUGCCACCAACGAGCUCGACACCAUUAUUGAGCGACUCUGUAUCUGGCAUUCAGUAAGCUUGACCGAUGCCACUGCCACCGAAAACGCGCAAAAGGAUCACACGUCCCAGUCGGGUGAUAGUCUUCGAGAAUUUUGCAAGGAUGUCCUCUGGCCAUUCUAUUCAGCAAAGCUGCCAGAACAAAUGAAAGCCGUGUCACGAAAACUAUCGGGCCUGGAAUCUUCGCCGAAUCGACCUCCGCAAAUGUCCAAAGGAUCUCACAAUAUUACAGCUCCUGUUCCUCUGCUCAAGUCCAGACCUGGUGAGCCGCUCGUGAAACGCACGCUUCAACGUGUUCUGAGUGAAGACCAUCUAAGUCGACAUGCCUCACCGCCAACCUUGUCUCGGGCGUCAACAGGACCUAUCAAACCUUCGAUCCCGACCUUGAAGCGAGAGCCUUCGGAAAGACCGAUGUCCCGAGGCGGCAUGCUUUCCAAGUCUGUAAGCUUCAGCAACCGAGAAAUCGAUCUCGUCGCCGACUCCAAGAUUCGUGACGCCAAACGUCGAAAACUUGAUAAACUCGCACAGCAGAAACAAGAGCUAGAAGCUGCCAUCGACGCUUUGAAGAGGCCUAGUAGGUCUGCAGUGGCGGCAGCUUUCAUGGACGAGGUCGAGAAACGGCAACAGGAGAAGACAGUGCAGAUAUCGGCCACUCCCAGGGCCCGACGUAUCAGGGACCCAGGGGAGUUCUCGGAACCUGAGCUUCCGCCGAUGCCGAGGCAGGUUCGCGGCGAAGAAGCGUCGGUAGUCAUCCCAUCGUCAACGCGGAAGCCCCUCGCUGCUCCUCCUAGAGUGCCCAGCUCGAAUAGUGUUGUGAGGUCUUCGGGAACCAAAAGGGCUGUUCUGUCUGCGAUACACGAGACUCCGUCCCGCGCCAAGGAAAGAAAAGAGCCACAUCCAUCGGCUCUGUCCAGAAUCUAUGAGGAUUUCUUCGACGAGGAUGAGGAAGGUGAGAGAGAUGCAGCGACAGCAGGUCCUAUUAAGUCUCCUCCUCGGCCGCGGCCCUCUGUCAAUCCUUACGACGGCACAUCGGAGACGGCGAUGGAACCUCGAUCGGAUCUCGGCGUCUCGUCUUCUUCGCAGAUGAGUAGCUCGCGGAAAGAUGAGCUGUGCAUGACUCGAUCCCGCCGGCCCGUCCUGUUCACGCCUGUCAAGAAAUCCGAUGUGCGUGUCGAGCACGCGUUCCGUGACGCGCCUGAGAUCCCUCAACGGGCAGGUCUGAUGAUGAAUCGUGUCAUGGGCGGCCAUGGUCGAGCGCUUGACUUUGGGUUUAACGGUCGGGAAGAGCAUGCCACCAAUUCACCUAGUCAUCCUCGGGAUGUGGAGAAGAACGUCACUGUUCAGGUUGCGGAUGGGGAGAAUGAAGAUAUAUACGAUAAACUAGGUUGGAAUGACGACUUUGACCUUUGA